UUCCUAUUGAUUUAUUCAUUCGCGCCAUUUGUUCAGCAGUGGUGCAUGUCUCUUUAAAUUUCUUGCCCUACAUUCGACCACGUCAUAAGCAGGAAAACACAAUGGCGGAUGCCAAUGCGGCAGUGGCCGUAGUGACUGUUUCAUUGGUUCUUUUGGGACUUUUAUCGGGGUUGAGCUUAUCGUGGGCUCUUCUCCCAGCCGCUGUAGUGGUGCUUAUUUUUAUACUAGCCAGUGGAUUAAAGGGACGAGAUGAACUUGCGCAUUUGAACAUUUGCGUGUUGGUGCUGGGAGAUAUAGGGCGCAGUCCUCGCAUGCAGUAUCAAGCGCUCUCUCUUAGCCGACACGGAUACAAUGUCACUGUUAUUGGCUUUCUUGGUACUAAACCUCACCAAGACAUUCUGGAGGAUGAAAGAAUAGAUAUACUCCCCAUUUCAGAACUAAAGGGGCUCAGAGUUGGACCUAAAAUCUUCGCAUAUGUCUCUAAGGUGAUACUGCAGUCUAUUCAACUAUUCUAUGUGUUGAUGAAGAUUGAGGACCAAGGCUAUAUUCUUAUGCAGAACCCCCCUGGACUGCCAGCUAUAGCAGUGGCAUGGCUGGCGAGUCGUUUAAGGGGAAACCAGUUUAUCAUAGACUGGCACAACUACGGAUACACCAUAAUGGCCCUCACUCAUGGAGAGAAUCAUCUUGUUGUUAAGAUGGCAAAAUGGUAUGAGAAGCUCUUUGGUUGUUUCUCGGAUCACAACCUAUGUGUUACUAAUGCGAUGAGGGAAGAUCUUAAGAAGAACUGGAACAUUGACGCAACCACUUUAUAUGACAAGCCACCCUCAAUAUUUAGAGAAACGCCUAUAAAACUUCAACAUGAGCUGUUUGUCAGAAUGGCAAGUGUUUAUUCACCAUUUAGGCCAAGUUCUGAGGUCACUAAGGAGCACAUGGAAAUAACAGCUUUCACAGAGCGUAAUACUCAAACAGGAGGUGUGACACCCUCUGCUGGCCGACCUGCUUUACUUAUCAGCAGCACCAGCUGGACUGAGGAUGAAGACUUCUCAAUUCUUUUACAAGCACUUGAAGACUAUGAGAAGUUUGUUGAGACCGGGGACAAACUUCCAUCAUUGGUCUGUGUAAUUACAGGUAAAGGUCCUCAGAAGGAGCAUUACAAGAAGCUGAUUGACUCUAAGGUGUUUAAACAUGUCAAGAUUUGCACUCCAUGGCUGGAAGCAGAGGACUAUCCUGUUUUACUUGGCUCUGCUGAUCUUGGGGUCUGCUUGCACAAAUCCUCCAGCGGUUUGGAUCUUCCUAUGAAAGUGGUUGAUAUGUUCGGAUGUUGUUUGCCAGUCUGUGCCAUACAUUUUCAGUGUUUGCACGAGCUAGUGAAACAUGAAGAAAAUGGACUUGUUUUUAAAGACUCCAGUGAGCUGUCUGAACAGCUAAAGCUUCUGUUUUCAAACUUCCCCGGUGAACAGGGUAAACUUUUCCACUUCAGGAAGAGUCUAAGGGAAAGCGGGCAGCAGCGCUGGGACGAGAACUGGGACCGUAACGUCCUGCCUCUCAUUAAAGAGCAUUGUGACUGA